AUGUUUAUGAUUUUGCCUGCCGCUAUUCUUUUGGGUCUUGCACUCCGUGGUGCUGCUUGCACGGGUGAUCACUUGCAUGCUCGUGACACCUAUGGUCAUGAACAUUUGGGCAAGCGUGAGUACCCACAGGUUCCAAUAACUCCUCCCUACCGUCCUCUCGUCUGGGGAGAUUUCAAUGUGAUCCAUACCACCGACACUCAUGGCUGGUUACUUGGUCACCAAAAGCUGACAUUCCCUGAACCAGACUACAGUGGGGACCUUGGAGAUUUUGCUAGUUUCGUCACGCAUAUGAAAAAAAUCGCGAUCGAAAAGGACGUCGACCUACUUUUGGUAGACUCGGGGGAUGUACAUGAUGGAACUGGGCUUUCUGAUGGUUAUCCCCCCGGUGGUGUUGACGCGCAUGAGUCAAACAAGUUUCUUGAGCGCCUUCCGUACGAUGUCAUGACUAUCGGAAACCAUGAACUGUACAUCUAUGCGGAUACAUAUGACAUGUACACGAACUUCGUCCCUUAUCUUGAUGGGCGGAGUGUGCCAGUUGGCAAUCGCUACACCAAGUUCACCACAAGGAAAGGCCGUCGCAUCACUUCUCUUGGGGUCCUAUAUGAUUUCACUGGGAAUGACGUGAACACGGACUGGCCUACUGUCUUUGACGCUGUUCGAGCUGUGCACCCCUCUGACGCCCAUCUUAAUCUUUGGAGCCACAUCCGUGACUGCCAACAGUAUGAUGGUCGUUCCAUGGCUCUCGAAAGCGGACGCUACAUGGAGACAAUCGGUAUGCUGCCCAGGGCAACGCCAACAACAUUUCUUUUCACAAGGAGAUAUUUGGACCAGAACCGUGUGACCUACGAGUACCACACUCAAAUGUCAAACCAAACGUUUGACACCGCCUAUGGGCGCUCGAUCACUGACGGUCUGCAGGAGCUCGCGGUCAACUUUGAUUUAUCCUAUCUGUACGGAACAGCCCCACAAGAUUAUACCAUCAACCAGAACCCAUAUCCUUCCAACGGAUCCCUUCUAUCUCUUUUCAUUGCAGAUGCUAUUCCAUACGCUCUCUCCAUUAACAAUACGCGUGAUUCCAUCCCAGCCAUAUUUAUCACCAAUUCAGGAUCUCAACGCUUCAACGUCUUCCAGGGACCAUUCACCAAGAACGAUCAGCUCACCGCCUCGCCGUUCACGGAUUCAUUCUUGUAUAUCCCCAACAUCACAUUUAGCAUCGCAAACCAGGUCCUUCCGGCUUUGAACAAUGCUGGCGCGAGUGAGAAACGGAAGCGAGAUGAGGUUGAAAAGGAACUUUGGGGCCGUGGGAUUGUUGAUACUCGGUACAGAUCCUGGUUAGAGGAGAUGGAUCGGCGUGCUGGAAUGGGUAGACGAGAAGCAACGGCAGGCAAUUUGACGCUUGGAUAUGUCACGGUCGAUUCGUGCCCUGGUGCUGGAGAUGACACGCUGCACAUGGCGUUGCCCUACUAUUCGGUUCCAGACUUCAUUGGCUCGAACCCGCCUAACGUGACGGACGACACACCUAUAGAUCUUGUCUUCGUCGACUUCAUUGAAGCGCAACUCCUUGGCAUUCUCAACGGCUUGCAGAAUGCGGAGAACUACACCACCGCUGAUGUUUCACUGUACAGCCCGACGCUAUCUAACGCAGCACUGGGCCUAUAUGCUCAGGCUGAGUGGAACUGA